AUGUUAUUUUCUCUAUUGGGUAGGGUUGCUUCGCGACAAUCCUCCGGCAUACGGAUGAUUAGACCAGGAAGAUCUGUGUAUUUACCGUUUACCUUACUACUCAAAAAGUUCGACGCUUCCAAGAUAAGCGUACACAGGUAUGUACAUAGUACCCAAACGAAGAGUCACUUGACCUUUUUAUUGAAAAAUAAUGAUAUAACACCUUUUCAAAAAUUUACAGUUAGAAUACUCAAGGAGCAGUGCAAAACAAGAGGGUUGAAAUUAUCAGGUCGCAAGUCGGAGCUGUUACAAAGGCUUAUCACGUACGACUCCGCUUCACAUAAGAAAAGUAGUGUGAAGGUAGAUGAACUCAGAAAAAGCUCAUUAAUAAAUGAACCAAUCAAACUUACUGAGAAAUUACUUAGUGAUAAAAUCCCUCAAACCAUUGAAAAGAAGCAUUAUUCGGUGCAAAAAUCACCUAAUAUUGAAACUCCCGGCGAAGUUCAUUCACACUUACAACCAAGGGAUAGAACAUUCUUAGUUGGAUUUUUUUUGUUAUCGUGUCUUUGGUGGAACCUCGAACCUCAGGAAUCUAAACCUAUCAUUGAUCAUUAG